GCCGAAGAUGUCGGCUUAGUCAUGUGAUCAGCUGUGUCCAAUCACAGCUGAUCACAUCAUUGAUGAUCAGUGUGCCCUGAUGAUCAGUGUAGCCCCAGCAGUGCCACCUGUCAGUGCUCAUCUGUGUGCCACGUGCCAGUGCCCAUCAGUGCCACAUCAAUGCAACAUAACAGUGCCUACCAGUGCACAUCUGAGCUGCCUUUCAGUGUUACCCAUCAGUGCCAGUCAGUGCCACCUAUCAAUGCCAAUCAGUGGCACCUAUCAGUGCUGCCAAUCAGUACCACCUAUCAGUGCCAGUCAGUGCCGCCUACCAGUGCCCGUCAGUGCCGCCUAUCAGUGCCAGCCAGUGCCGCCUAACAGUGCCAGUCAGUGCCGCCUAACAGUGCCAUAUAUCAGUGCUGCCUUUCAGUGCCCAUCAGUGAUGCCUGUCAAUGCCCAUCAGUGCCACCUACCAGUGCCUCCUCAUCAGUGCCCAUCAGUGCAGCCUAUCAGUGCCCAUCACUGCAGCCUCAUUAGCGCACAUCAGUGAAGGAGAAAAAUCACUUAUUUACAAAAUUUUAUAACAAAAACUAAGAAAAAAAAAUUCUUUUUUUCUAAAUUUUCUGUGUUUUUUGGUUUGUUUAAGAAAAUAUAA